UUAUGUUUAGGAGAUGUGUGUUUGCUGGUGCUCAGUGGUGGAAAGCUGUUCUCGCGAGACGGCUCGGCAGAAGCAUAUUUGGCAGGUCUCAACGCCGCCCAAGUAAUCUGAUAUAUGUAUCUGCCUGGUCCGCCUUUCUGGGGGAGAAGCGAACAUCUUUCUGUGUAAAGUUCUCGUCAGAAUCCUCGCCAAACAUGGGCUCCUCAGAUACCAAAGCCGUCCAUCUUGAGAACAAAGGUCCCGACACGCAGGUCCCAAUCGUUCUCGACGACCAGUAUGAAAACGAACUACUGGCCGUUCAGCUGGGAAAUCAAGACAAAGAAAUCAAAAGGAUCCUUCGCAAGCUAGACCUUCGCCUGGUGUUGACGCUCUCGGUGCUUUAUCUUUGGGCCUUUAUUGACCGCGGAAACCUGGCCAAUGCCAACAUUGCAGGGAUGAGCGAUGACCUCGGACUCACAGGAACAAAUCGCUACUCGGUGUUGACCAUGAUAUUCUUCAUUGGUUACAUUCUUAUCGAUGCUCCGGCCUCGUUCAUUGUUCGAAAGAUUGGAGCGAUCAUAUGGAUACCAUCGAUUGUGUUAGCUUGGGGGAUUGUGACAAUUGCUCAAGGCUUCUGUCAUAGCUGGGUACCACUUCUAGUCUGCAGAAUCAUCCUCGGAUUUCUCGAGGGCGGUCUCAUUCCCAGUGCGAUUUUUUUGAUCUCGCUGUGGUACACUCGAUAUGAAGCUCACAAAAGGUUGGCUUGCUUUUAUGUGGUCGGAAUCGCGUCGACUGGACUCUCCGGCCUUCUUGCAUUUGGUAUUGAAAACAUGGACGGUCUCAGCGGGAUCGCCGGAUGGAGAUGGAUAUUCAUCAUUGAAGGAAUUGCCACGUGCUUCUGUGCGAUUGUCGCAUACUUCACUCUGGUUGACCUCCCUGACAGAGCUACGAGGAGAAACUUUUUGCGAAUGCCACCUUUCUUGACCGCCACAGAGUCCAACCUGAUGCACGCUCGUAUUGAACAGGAUAGAGGAGACAGCACCGUGGAGAAAGUUACGUUUAGGGCCAUGUUGAGAUGUGCUCGAGACUGGAAAGUGUGGGAGUUCUCUGCGCAUGUCAUGCUCAAUAAUGUUGCCCUAUAUGCUUUCGCCUACUUCCUGCCCGCCAUCUUGCAAAAAGGACUCGGAUACUCAACUUCCAAGGCUCAACUCUUCACUUUCCCUCCAUAUGCGGUUGCAGCUCCGUGGAUUCUCUUCUGCGCAUGGUUGUGUGAUAGGAUGAAAGUCAGAGGGCCGAUGAUGAUCUUCAACUCGUCUCUCUAUAUCAUCGGAGUCUCAAUGACUGGAUUCGUGGCCAAGCCCGAAGUUAGGUACGGCGGGGUGUUCUUGGGCGUCAUGGGAAUCACCGGCAACAUCCCAACUAACUUUGCCUAUCAACACAACAACGUUGUCGGCCAAACUAAACGUGCCCUGUGCGCAGCGUUGAUGACCACGGGUGGAGGAUUCGGUGGCAUAAUUGCAGGAAACAUCUUUCGUGCGCAAGAUGCGCCCAAUUAUCAACCCGCUCUCAUCAUUUGCCUGUCUUUCCAGAUUUUGAGUAUGUCGUUGGUCGUGAAGAACUUCUUCUACUUUACAUGGGCCAAUCGCCAAGCGGACAAAGGGGAGAAGGUCAUUGAAGAGAAUCCCACAUUCAGAUUCACAUAUUAGUAUGGGAGAGGCAAUCUCGCCACGCGCUGCAAAGGAUUGCCCAGUGAAGAUUGUCCAGGAUGUUGGUGGGAGAAAUGGAAGAGGAAAAAGUCAACGCCGCGCUGGUCCACAGGUACCUAGGUACAUAGCUUAACCUGCAACCAAUACUAGUGGGUGGUUCAGUGGCCCCGAGAGAAAAUGUACAAUCGUGGAAUUUACCUAUCCUCACUAAUGCGAACUGUCAUCCUCGGGACAAUAAAAGCUGGGGUUCCCCCCAAACCUCCUCUCCA